AUGUGUGCAAGGGUCCCUUAUUCGAGCCCAGGUUGGGACGGAACCUACACUGUUACAUAGACACAACCGUUGUAUACUAAUAGAGAGAUUGUUCUUAUAUAAAACGUUGCUUAGCAAUAUUAGAAAUCUAUCAUAAACAAUCAGAAGAAUCAGAAGGUCUGUGUAUAAGGAUGGACCAUUCCGUGCAUUGUGGAUAUAUUUGGAUUCGGAUUGUGCUGUUUCUUUGCUUAUGGGAUAUAUCUUCCGGUCAGAUUGUCUAUUCUGUUUUAGAGGAGGUGAACAAGGGAACCGUUGCUGGGAAUAUAGCAAAGGACCUCAAUCUCAAUGUUCAGGAAUUGGAGUGACGUAUAUUUCAGAUUGUAUCCGGAUCCAACAAGAAGUAUUUUGAUGUAAAUCCAAAAACUGGUGUUCUGUUCGUGAAUGAGAUAAUCGACCGUGAGGAGCUUUGUGAGACCAAUGUGAAGUGUUCUUUGAAUGUGCAGGCCAUUGCGCACAAUCCUUUAAAUGUUUUUCGUGUUGAAAUAGAGAUUUUGGAUACAAAUGACAAUGUACCUUGUUUCAUAGAAAAUUCUCUGACAUUAAAUAUUUCUGAAAACGCUGCUGCGGGAGAGCGAUUUCUUCUGCCAGUGGCUGAGGAUGCGGAUGGGGGCAGUAACUCUAUGAAAACCUACAAGCUAAGUCCAAAUGAACAUUUUUAUUUGGAUGUUUAGAGCGGUGGAGAGCAGAGUUUGUCUGCUGAGUUAGUGUUACAGAAGGCUUUAGACAGAGAGAAACAGGCUGUGAUGAAGCUCUUACUAACUGCUGUUGAUGGAGGAAAACCUCCCAGAUCUGGGACAUUACAGAUCACUGUACAUGUAUUCGAUACUAAUGACAAUACUCCAAUUUUCAGCAAACCUCUUUACAAAGUAAAAGUUGAGGAGAAUGUUUCAAAUGGAACCAAAAUAAUAACUCUCACGGCAUCAGACUUGGAUGAGGGUAUCAACAGUGACAUUGUUUACUAUUUUGUUGGUAACAGUAAUGAAAAAGGAUCUAGUAUAUUUGCUAUUGACCCAUAUACUGGGGAUGUAUCAGUGAAAGGUAAUGUCGACUAUGAAGAAAACGUUGGGACUGAGUUACGAGUCCAGGCUGCAGACCAAGGCCAACCUCCAAAAACGACACAUUGUAAAGUGUUGGUGGAAGUAGUCGAUAUAAAUGACAAUGCUCCAGAGAUAGCAAUAACAUCACUCAUGAGCACAGUAAGAGAGGAUGACAAGUCUGGCGCUGCUGUUGCUUUAGUAAUGCUCUCAGAUAAAGAUGGGGGUAAAAAUGGAAUUGUGAAUUGUCAGAUAAGUGAUACUGUUCCUUUCAAACUGCAGUGUUCUUAUAAAAAUCACUACUCUUUAGUUGUGGACGGGCCUCUGGACAGAGAGAAAUGUUCUCAGUACAACAUCAGUAUUGUUGCUAUGGACGAGGGGACCCCAGCUCUCUCCAUCCCCAGUGUUGUUACUGUACACUUUUCUGAUGUAAAAGACAACCCACCCCGUUAUCCAGAACGUCUUAUUAACACGGAUUUCAAGGAGAAUAGUCCAGUGGGAGGUCUGAUAGUUAGUGUAAGUGCGUAUGAUCCAGAUUAAAUGGAAAAGGCGCCUGUAUCAUAUUCUCUAUCGGAAAGUAAAAGUGAUAAUAUAUCGCCCUCGCCAAUUGUCAACAUUAACUCUAUAACUGGUGAAAUAACAGCAUGCAGUCUUUUAACUAUGAAGAAGUCAAAAAGUUACAAUGUCAAGUUCAGGCCACAGAUUCUGGUGUUCUUCCACUAAGCAGCAACGUCACUGUCAACGUUUUUAUCCUGGAUGAGAAUGACAACAGUCCUGUGAUUCUCCCGCCCUAUUCUGACCACGGCUCCGUUAAUUCUGAGAACAUUCCUUAUUCUGCUGACACGGGAUACUUUGUGGCCAAGAUCAGGGCUGUAGACGCCGACUCUCGUUCGGGAGCUGGUCUUACUCCAAAUCUACACAGCAGUUUGACGUGUGUUGUAUCUCUGACACACUGAAGAGUGACCCAGUCGUUUUUCCCACGCCCUUGUCCACCUGCUGACGGUGAGCUGAUCAGUAUCAAUGGAGGUGAUACCUUCCAAAGGACACGGACGCUGUCCAACACUGAAAAGGUAAGA